UUAUAUAUAUUUAAAGUUAGCUGAUUAAGCUCAUUCAGUACAGUGAAGCGUUUCAAUAAAUAAUGAAGUGUAUAUUGUUGGCUGCAUUUUUGCUAGGCGCACUUCUGCCUGCACACUCUCGCCAUGUCCACUUCUAUAGAAAGGACUACACAUACUUUGAAGAGUUCGAUGCAUUUUAUAAACUGCAUUGGGACCUAACUGGUACUGACUGGAACAGGGCUUUCUUGACUUGUGACGACGAAGGGUCCACUCUCUUCUACCCGAAGGCCAAAACGGAGUGGACUUUAGUCAAGAACUUGACUGAUCGUAUGUUGGAAACCCCUAAUGUGACAGACAUCUUUGUUGGACUCCACGACGCGUUCGAACUAGGAGAGUUUAUCACCGUUGACGGACAGUCUACGCCAUACCCAUUGCCUUCGGAAAGCUCUCUAUUAUCUCAACCGGAUAAUUGUAUAACUAUGAACAUAGAAAGCGGAUUAUUCAGUGUAGAUACGUGUCACAGAGUGCCUGAUUCACCGCUGCCAUUCGUGUGCAAGAAAGUUGAAGAAAAGACUUGCCCGACGAUAGACCGCAAAUACAAAUUCGUGAAGUCAGUAAGAAAAUGCUACAAAAUAAAUAAAAAGCCGAUGAUGUGGCAAGAUGCAAUGAGGACCUGCUAUAUGGAAGGCGGAAUACUGACUGUCAUAGAAAACAGUGAACAAGCAGAUAUAAUUCGACAGAUGAUUUCCUACGAUGAUCGAUAUUUUGUAGGAAUAAGGAGGCUCUUUUCGCGCAGCGACUACUAUACAGUUAAAGGAACAAAAUUCAUGGAAAUGUAUGAACGUAAGUAUGACGAUGGCAACUAUAAUUCUCAUGACUGUGGAACGAUUUUAAACAAUGGUAAUCAAGUUCUAUAUACUUCUACAGCAGACUGUGUCAGUCCGUUGCCUUUUGUUUGUGAAAUGGAAUUAUCCGAAUGAUAGGUUAUCACUUGGUUUAUAACAAGUAACUGACGUAUAAAUAAAGAUUCAUCAUUAAAUAGUAGAUAUUUCGUU